AUGCUGACUUCUAUAGCGCCGGUCUUCGACGCGGUAGAGUAUCAUGAGACGAACUUCCUCGGCGAUUUCGAGCAGCCGUCCCCUUACCGAGGGCUCCCCACCCCAGAACUCGAUUGGCAAUGGGAAGAGUUGAUAGAGGGGAGCGCUUUCACUAUCCCGAAGGAAAAGCUGCACUUGUUCAAUAUAAGCAAGGAAACGAUGUCAAGACUGUAUCACACGGAGUCAGGCGGCCUAGCAGCGUCUGCUUGGGGCUUCCAUCAGAUCCAUUGCGUGAAUGUCUUGAGGCAAAUCAGCUACAAGGAGGAAUAUCACAAGCAAGGCCGCUUGCCCCAGAUUCUUACACAGGACCCGGACUAUGGCCGCAAGCAUGUGGAUCAUUGCAUUGAACUCCUACGCCAAGACUUGGUGUGCAGGACGGACGUGACGCCUUAUUUCAUACUCAAGCCGCUGCCGGGUACACCGCCCGAAGCCCUGAAGGUCGACUUUUCCGUUCACAAGAAGUGCAGGGACAUCAAUCAGGCAAAGAAUUGGGUUAGAUCGAAUAUUGUAAUUGAGAGUUUUAAGGAUCCAUUUGUGAAGGAGCUUGAGUUCACACCUGCAGUAAUCAACAUAUAG